AUGGGUUAGCUCAACUUUAUUGGAGUUUAACAUGUCAGGUUUUAUCCUCUUUGCAGAACUGUGUUAUGUCAUGGGAUAUAACAACAUGCACUUUAAUUCGCGUGCAUGAGCGCAACUGUAACUCAAGUAGUGUUGUCAUUGCGAAUGGAAAGCUUAUCGAUGUGUGGGCUCCGUCUGUCCCUAAAGCAAAGAUAUUUCCUCCUGCUGUGUUUUGCUGUCGGAGCGGUCGUUGCUUAUCAUUUUGCAAGGAAUCACCAUGAAGUGAGAAUAAUGAGCCGUGUGGAGGGUCUGAGGGCGAACUCCUCUCAGUUCACUCUGGAGGGAGAACCUUUCCUCAUCCUGGGGGGCUCCAUCCAUUACUUCCGUGUCCCCAGAGCCUACUGGGAGGACCGGCUGCUGAAGAUGAAGGCCUGUGGCCUCAACACGCUCACCACGUAUGUGCCGUGGAACCUGCAUGAGCCUGAGCGAGGGGUGUUCAACUUCGAGGAUCAGCUCGAUUUAGAAGCCUACCUCCGACUUGCAGGCAGCUUGGGUCUCUGGGUCAUUCUGCGUCCCGGGCCGUACAUCUGUGCUGAGUGGGAUUUAGGGGGACUACCCAGUUGGCUACUACGGGAUCCAAACAUGAAACUAAGAACAACCUACCCAAGAUUCACUGAUGCAGUCAACUCCUUCUUUGAUCAUCUCAUUAAGAAAGUUGUUCCACAUCAGUACUCCGAAGGUGGUCCAAUUAUCGCAGUUCAAGUGGAGAAUGAGUACGGCUCCUAUGCUAAAGAUGAAGACUACAUGCCUUUCAUCAAGGAGGCGUUAUUGUCCAGGGGCAUCACAGAGCUGCUGCUGACUUCAGACAACAAGGAAGGACUAAAGCGUGGAGGAGUGAAAGGAGCCCUAGAAACCAUCAAUUUCCAGAGACUGAACACAAAUGACAUCAAGCAUCUGGAUGCAGUACAACCUCACAAGCCUAAGAUGGUGAUGGAGUACUGGUCUGGCUGGUUCGAUCUUUGGGGGGACCUUCAUCAUGUGUACACAGCUGAGGACAUGAUACCUGUGGUCACAGAGAUCCUGAAACUAAACAUGUCCAUCAACCUCUACAUGUUCCACGGAGGGACAAAUUUCGGCUUCAUGAGCGGAGCGUUUGCCGUUGGAAUGCCAGCACCUAAACCUAUGGUGACAAGCUAUGAUUACGAUGCUCCAUUAUCCGAGGCUGGGGAUUACACCACCAAGUACCAUCUUCUGAGGAAUGUAUUCAGCCGCUACCACGCCCAGCCUCUCCCUGAACUGCCGUCUCAUCAUGAGAGGAGAGCGUACCAGCCUGUUGUCAUCCAGCAACACCUGUCUCUGUGGGACAGUCUGCAUUUCACUGACAAGCCUUUCAAGUCAGAGGGGCCGGUGAACAUGGAGAAUCUCCCUGUCAACAACAACAAUGGUCAGUCUUACGGGUACACGCUGUAUGAGACCACCAUCACCAGUGAAGGAACACUCAACUCAAAGAACAACAUCAGAGACAGAGCACUGGUUUUUGUAGGCAAACAUUUUGUUGGUGUUCUGGAUUAUAAAACCCAAGAACUUGCGCUCCCUGAUGGGAAGGGAAAAAGAACUCUGAGUUUACUGGUGGAGAACUGUGGAAGAGUGAAUUAUGGGGACACCCUGGACGAGCAGCGCAAAGGUCUUGUUGGAGAUAUUGAGCUAAACAAGCGGCGCCUCCGUGACUUCACUAUUCGUAGUCUGGACAUGAAGCCGAGCUUUGUAAACAGACUUGAGAGCUCCAGCCACUGGAUGUCUAUGCGUCAGCGGCCCACCUACCCAGCUUUUUUCCAGACCAGACUCUAUGUGAACAGUUCCCCUAAAGACACCUUCAUCAAACUCCCUGGCUGGAGCAAAGGUGUAGUGUUUAUCAACGGCAAGAAUCUGGGUCGCUAUUGGUCCAUCGGUCCUCAGCAGACUCUGUAUGUCCCGGGCCCCUGGCUUCACAGGGGGGACAACCAGGUUAUUGUGUUCGAGGAGCAGGAAACUGAUGGUAAGAUUCAGUUCACCAGCAGCCCUGACUAUGGCAUGACCGUUGAUGUCCAGUGAAAACAGGGGGUCGGCGUGGUUGAUGGGAGAGUAGCUGGGAAAGGGUACACAGCGAUCUGCUGUGAGCCUCGUCUACCCAGGCACUCACGGCGUGCCGCGACCAGAAGCACUCAAGCGUGACACCCGUCAGUGAACAUGGCAUCUGUCCUAUCAGAAGACGCCAACAUGGCAGUGAUGCAGCUUUCAUUGAGUGACUUUUUAUAAUGACAUUGUAUUUAAUCAAUUUGUGUUCCAUUUAGCAACGGUAUCAUUAACUUGCAUUCAUAUACUUCAUAAUUGGAGACCAGGGGGCUGUCUUUAAUUAUAAUAAAGUGUUGUUAAAUAUCUUCCUCCCACAAACUUAACUUAUAAAUAAAGCUGUGUAAAAAGACCUGUUAAUUAAGCGGGGUUUGACCUCUGUGUCAGUAGGGCACCUUGUGAGCUGCUUUAUUUGUCCUGCACACAGAGAGCCUGUUUGAUAUAAAACUGGUUACUUUUCAAAUAUACCCUCUUAUGAUGAGCUGUGAACUCCUGCAGAUAAGUCAAGAUCAAAAGCUGUCUUUGAAGAGUGUCUAUUAAAAAUGCAUCUGUUGUGUGUGGUGCUAACCAGCAUACCAUCACAAGGAAUGAUGCCACAGUGAAGCUGUGCUAAAACAUUUGAAGACUAAGCAUUUUUAUGGCAUUUUACAAGCUAUAUGUGGAAAGGUGAACCAGGGGAAGAAUUUUAGUGCAAGCACAAAUCCCCAAAAUGGCUUUAAUUUUUAAGAUACCCAUACCCUAGGUGGAACAAAACACAACCAUGUUUUUCAUAAUUUUAAUGAUGAUGGUUGUAAUAAAAUGUUUUUAUAUCUCAUGUAGUUUUUUACCUAUUGCUUGAAUUUGGUGCCCUUAUAUAUGCUC